CGCUGUCCUCUGUAUUCGAUAGCUCACAAUCGGUCGUUGUCGGCGAACCCGUUGAGCUUCACGAGCUCGCAAUGACGGACAUCGGAGCCCCUCUCGACAUCAAAGUGCCCGUCGUGUGGGUUCUUGGCGGACCCGGGUCCGGCAAGGGAACCCAAUGCGCGAAAAUCGUGGAAAAAUACGGAUACGUACACAUUUCGUCCGGAGACCUUCUGCGUGAUGAGGUGGCCAAAGCGACGCCGCUCGGUCAGCAGCUGAGUGCUAUUAUGACCAAGGGAGAACUUGUACCGCUGGAGACCGUGUUGCAGCUGCUGAAAAACGCAAUCAAGGAGAAAGCCGACUCCGCAAAAGGUUUCCUCAUCGACGGCUACCCUCGAACGGUCGAGCAGGGUGAGAAGUUCACAUCGCUGGUUUGUUCGGUGAAAGCCAUCGUGUUCUUCGAUCUCAGCGAUGACUUGAUGGCCGCCCGUCUCCUGGAGCGGGGCAAAAGCUCCGGACGCGCCGACGACAACGAGGAAACCAUCCGAAAGAGGCUGCAAACUUUCCGCAAUGAAUCGAUGCCCGUCGUAGAGAAGUACGCGAGUAUGGUGGUGACGAUCCCCGCAACGGAUCCAGUGGACGUAGUCUUCGGAAAGGUUGUUGCCUUCAUGGACAAGUUGUAGAUCCGUCGAACGAAUAGCACAGAUUCAACCAACUUAGCGAAUGUGAGGAACGGCGGGAGCGCGCACCCGCAAACCAUUAGUUGUGAUUGUACUAUUCUAAUUUAUAUCCGCGACGCAUCAAUGAGCUCAAUCGUAACAUCCCACCGAGUGGGUCGAAAGUGACCAAUAAAUGAAGUUUUUUGGAA